GUUUCUUUUUAUUACAGUAUUGUUAUAUAUGUUUAGGUCCUUCGAAUAUUAUCGUACUUGCGCAUAUUGAUCAGCUGCCAGCAAUUUGUAGUUGAUAAGAACUAACCUUUUUGUACACGAAACGACUAAUGAAAAUAGAGAUUAUGCAAGAUUUUCCAAAGUGGAUAAAUUUUCUCGUUUACAAAUCUGUGGUUAUAGACGUACAACGAGUAACGUAGUUUCGUUGCUCUAGACUUUUAGGUUAGAUUCAAUCGAAAGUUAUGACAAAAGAACUACGACUCGUAUCGUAAAAAGUGGGGGGCCUGGUGGCAGAGUUGCAAUGCAGUGAUUCAGGCUUUUGUUCGAAAUUUUGUAGUAAUUUUGUUGGAAGAGAUAAGAGUGGACAAUGGGAAAAUAAAGAAAACUAUUAAACAGACAUGCGGUUUCGAGAAUGUUAAGUGAGGAAGUGUUGACAAUAAGUUAUGACAUCAAGAUACAUUAAAUACGAGACGAAUCACUCCACCUUGAUAUAUUAGUUUAUAUCACUGAUCGUACCAUUUUUUUAAUGUACUUUGAUACGACACUUCGUCUUGUACGGGUUUUACGGAAAAUUAGAGUAUCGUGAAACACUUCAUGUGACAGCUUCUGAUUUUCACGAAAAUCACACGACAUUAUGCUAAAUGAUAGCUUCUCUCUGGAAAAUUUCGACGUGUUAUUGUCAGUCAAUAGACAUCAUGCAUGACGGAAACAUGACAGUUUUUCUUGAAAAAGGAGAACAGUUUCAAGAGAAAUGUUCAAAUGAUACUACAUAGAAAGAAAAAGAUCUUCGAAAAUUUCCAAAUCAAUCUUCAAUCUAUCAACAAUAGUUCCGGUAUAGGAGAGGCAAGUGUGUACCAUGCUCUGGUUGUAAUAUUUUUGGAAUUUUUUGCAUGGGGUUUAUUAACCAUGCCUGUUAUCUCUGUAUUAAAUAGUACAUUUCCAAAUCACACGUUCCUGAUGAAUGGUUUGAUAAUGGGCAUUAAAGGAAUCUUGUCAUUUCUUUCGGCACCGUUAAUUGGUGCUUUGUCUGAUGUGUGGGGUCGAAAAUUCUUUCUACUCAUCACAGUAGCCUUCACAUGUGCGCCGAUUCCUCUAAUGAGCAUUAAUACAUGGUGGUUCUUUGCUAUGAUCUCCAUCAGUGGUGUCUUUGCUUGCACAUUUUCAGUGGUGUUUGCAUAUGUUGCCGAUGUUACCGAAGAACAUCAAAGGUCUCCAGCAUAUGGCUUGGUGUCAGCAACUUUUGCUGCAAGUAUGGUAAUAAGUCCAGCAUUGGGAGAUUAUAUUAUGAAAGUGUAUGGAGAAAAUCUUGUGGUUGCAUUAGCAACAGCUAUUGCAGUGUUGGAUGUGUUUUUUAUAUUAGUGGCUGUACCUGAAAGUUUGCCUGAAAAAGCUCGUCCACCAGCACCUAUUUCUUGGGAGCAGGCAGACCCCUUUGCUUAUCUUGGAAAGGUUGGCAAAGAUCAUACUAUUUUAAUGUUGUGUAUUACUGUGUUCCUGAGCUAUCUUCCUGAAGCAGGACAGUAUAGUUGUAUAUUUGUCUACUUGACUAAAGUUAUGGGAUUUACUGCUCUAAUGGUAGCAUUUUUUAUUGCCGUGGUGGGAAUUUUAAGCGUCGGCGCUCAAACUCUCUUGGGUGUUUUGAUAAAGACACUUGGCAGUAAACACACUAUAAUGUUAGGCCUUUUAUUUGAGAUGUUACAACUCAUGUGGUUUGGCUUUGGUUCGCAAACAUGGAUGAUGUGGGCAGCUGGAGUACUUGCUGCUGUGUCAAGUAUUACAUAUCCUGCAAUUUCCGCGUUCAUAUCCAUGCAUUCUGAUGCUGAUAAGCAAGGUUUGGUACAAGGCAUGGUAACUGGAAUGCGUGGAUUAUGUAAUGGUCUAGGACCAGCAAUGUUUGGAGUAAUCUUUUAUCUCUUUCGUGUUGAUCUCAACGACAAUUCUCCCUCCCUUCCUGCAAAACCAUCUCCACUAGAUGAAAAUAACAAAACAGGAACUGCCACGCAACAUCUUGAUAUUAUGCCACAAAUAGUAACCCAGCUUGUACCAGGACCACCAUUUGUGUUUGGUGCAUUACUUGUGAUAUGUGCAUUACUAGUAGCUGCAUUUAUACCCGAAUCAAACACAAUGUCAACUGGUCCAUUACAUCAUCCAUCCACCUCCCGGAGGCCCUCCGGUAAAUACGCAUAUCAGAAAUGCUUAUCCCUGGAUGUACAUUAUGAGGGAGACAAAUUGGGAAGCGGGAAAGGCAAAAUAGGACCGCUGUCACCUCUAGUCGACAAUUGCAACUCUGCUGCUCUAUAGCUAUUGUAAAAACUAAAACAAGCCACAGGAAAGAAGAAGGACACGUACCUUUGUGACAAAACUAUAUUUAGAGAAACGGUUACUAUCAAGUGCACCUACUACAUGAGGACUUUAAAGAAGCCGUCUAUAUUGUAUUAUAUUAUGUCUUUAAGUCAAUAACUGAGAUUGAUCUUAGAUUUAUCAAUCCACUUAAUGUUUAGGUUACGAAAAAUUUUUACGAGCAGUGCUUGUUUCAGUGACAUUUAGAUUGAGCUAAACAUUAAGUUUAAUCUUUUUAGGUAUUUUGUUAUAUAAAAAGUUAAAAUUUUACUUUUUUUUCAGAAAAAAAAGAUUAUAGUAUUAACUUGUACCAAAUCAAGCACCGGACACUUUGAUUCAUUUAUCAGUGACUCCUGGUUUGUGUAACUUGCCAAAUGCAUAAAACGGUAAAACGAAUGAAAGUUGUAAUCAGUAUUUUUACUAGACUUACAACAAAAAAAAACUCUCUAACUUUUUAUGUAAAAUUCUGUUUUACUAUGUACGUUAUUCAUUGCUUGUUAGAGUCAUAUAAAAGACAACAGUUUUUUAUAAUUAUAAUUUAGGCAAGAGCACCUGUUACUUUGAUCACUAGCAUCAUGAAUCUUCAGUUUAGGAUAUUUUCUAUUACGUUUCUGUCAUCAUUCUUGGUAAACACAAUCUUAUUUAUUUGCAAAUGUAUUCUGUUUCAUUUUUCAUGCAUUCCUUUGUUUUACGCAUACCUUUCAAUUAGCGAAGAAAGAAGAGUGCAAUAGCUGCGAAAAAAUGAGAAGACGUUGUAAAUGAAACUUUACAUAGCUGAAAUAGGAAAUAAGUUUCCAGUUACAUAUAAUACCUAGUAAAAGUUAGCUGAUGUUUGUAAAGUACGUUAACUAUUUUCUUUGCAUAAAUAUUUAUUUUAAUAAUUAGACAUCAACAGAAUGAAUUUAAUGGCCUUAAUCAGAAAGAAAAAAAAAGAAACAAUUUAUAUAAAAUUAUACUUUGCCACUUGAAGGCAAUGGUAGAUUUUGAUCGAGAAUGUUAUGGAUAUCAUUGAUCGAAUGCCUGACGGUGUUUCACAAAUGUUAAAAUGUGCAUGUUUUAAAUUGGAGUCAUUGAUGUUAACAAAAUACAAUAGUGUAGUGUAUUUGUGCAUUUUACUUCUAUUUUGAAAGAACUAGUAUCUUUGGAAUUAUAUGUGCAUUGCCAUAGCCUAAAUAACUCUCUGAAUUAAAAAUCUGCCAACAUUUUAGACUGAAUUUCAAUUUUUGCAUUAAAAUCUUGUUUUAUAACAAGUGUAAGAUUUCUUCGAAAUAUUUGAAACAAAGAUAAUUUAGUUACAUAUAAAUUUUGUUUAAUGUACAUGGGAUUAUAAUUGUAAUUUGUUACAAGGUAUCAACGAUAAAAAGAGGAUGCUCAAAUCCCAUUGAAAACCAAAGAACGACUAGCAGAAAUUCUAUUCAAGAGUUGUAAUAUUAGAAAACAGUAGGAACUUAUAAAAUUAUGGUGCAAUGCGCGAGCAAAAAAUAAAAUUUUGUAUGAUCUCACUUUUCUCCAAGAACGCUAUUUUUUAAAU